UCACUCACAAAGAACUCAAAUAGUCGUAUAGUUAUGAUACGCACCGUACUGAUAAAAAACUACCAUCUUCAACCAUUCUUUUCCCACAGUUUGAGAGCAUGGACAUCCGUUCAUGUGUGCUCGAUUGCUCUAAUUUAGUGCUCUCGUAAUCACGUCAUUUCGGUUGGCCCACUAGAUUACGGACAAGAUUACAUCUCGUCCGCUCUUUAGUUUCUAGACUUUUGAGACAUCAGAUAAGAUUACGACGCACGAACAGCUCGGCCAGAGAUUUUGGACCUAUAUUUAUGUGGCAAUUGGCCGGUACAACACCAUCAGUCGAGUUUUGCUAUACCGCCCGUUACCAACCAAGUGGGAAGAGAUCAUGUUCAACUACCGGACGGUUUAUGAUGCGGCCAACCGCACCUGGUACGGUGCGACAGUGCAGCCCGUGUACAACCCGGAGGCAAGCUUGGGACAGAUCAUGUUCGAAACACUGGCCCGCACUCCUGAUCGUGUCAUACAGCGGGACAUGGAUACGGGACGAUCGAUGACGUACGCCGAGUUUCAAACGAAACUGAUCCGCUUCGCCCAAAACCUUACCGCGAUCGGUGUUGGGAAGGGAGACGUGGUAGCGCUGGCCAAUGCAAACAGUGAGAAUGUUGCACCGCUGGCAUGUGCAUUGCUAACGAUCGGUGCACCAUUUAACCCACUGGCACCGGGCUUCAACGAGGACGAUAUGGCCAACAUGCUGCACGCAACAAACCCCAAGCUAGUGUUUUGUGACGCAGACAACUAUGAAGUCGUUCGGAAGGCUUUACAGCGUGUGGUGGCUGACGGUGAACAGGUGCCUCCAAUCUACGUGUUCGAGUGUUCCCGCAGUGAUGUGAACCAUGCCGAAGAUUUGCUCAAGGAAACAGGACAGGAGCAAACAUUCAUCGUGCCUUAUCUUGGUGAUUCUCACAAAACGUUGGCAGUAAUCCUAUGCUCCUCGGGAACUUCCGGCGCACAUAAAGGCGUACAACUAACGCACAGUGCAUGCAUUCAGCUGACAAUACUAUACCGCUUUGCGCUUACCCCAUCGGUGUCCUUCAGCUUUAGCGCCAUCUACUGGACGACUGGAUUUACCGCCAUGUUGAGCGCGUUCUUCAACGGAGGCAUCCGCCUUAUCACCCGCAAACCCUUCAACGAGGCACAAUUCUUCGAAGCUAUCGAAAAGUAUCGUGCGAAUAUGAUCUUCACACCACCCUCGUAUGCCAACGCGGUGCUGGCCCAUCCGCAAAUGAAAACGGUCGAUUUUAGUUCAGUUCAAUUUUGGGCCGUUGGUGGUAGUCCUGUGCCGGAGAGGUUGCGUGAUCGCAUCGAUGCGCUGCUCGCUCCGACUGGAGGCCGUUCGCUGAAUGCAUUCGGAUCGUCCGAGGUAGGUAACGUUGCGAUAGAUCUGAUAAAGCGUAAACCGGGCGCCAUUGGUCCACUGGGGCCUAACGUGACGGUGCGGAUUGUGGACGAGGAUGGGAAGCGGUUGGGCGUUGGGGAAGAGGGUGAGCUGUUGACGAAAGCAAUUGAAGCGUUUGGAGGCUACUAUGGCAAUGAACAGGCUUCGAGGGAUGCGAUAGACGCGGACGGGUUCUUCCGUACCGGAGAUAUAGGCUAUAUCGAUGAGGAAGGUUUCCUGCAUCUGAUUGACCGUAAGAAGGACAUCUUCAAGUACCGCAACUUCCACGUGUCACCAUCCGAUCUGGAAGCGAUCAUCGUUCGCAUCGACGGUGUACGGGACGUGUGUGUGGUGGGAGUGCCGGAUGCUGAGGGUGGAACCGAUCUACCAGCAGCCGCAAUCGUCCGCCGUCCCGGAGCCGUGCUGGAAGCGUCACAGGUGCGUGAGAUCGUUGAUGAACAGGUGUCCGACUUUAAGCGAUUGCGCGGCGGUGUACACUUUAUCGAGGAACUCCCGAAAACCGACAGCGGUAAGGUGCUGCGCCGGAAGGUCACCGAGAUGAUAGCGCGCAUGAAUCAGUUUUCCCAGGCUGAUACGGCUGGGAAAGUGUAAAGAGUUGCCAGCUGACGACGAAAUAUAGCUGUUAUCUUACGAACAACCUGCGAU